AUGAAUCUUUAUUCCUCUUCGUCAUCUCUCCGCGCGAUCUCACGGGACACAUGUCGCGUCGUAGGCAAACCCGGCAAUGCAGAAGAAGCGGCUGCAGCGAACAAUGUCGCUAGAACUCUUGGAUUCAAACCCAGAAAGGCGACUCCAGACAUGAUCGAGUCUGUUCGCUCUGCAUUCCCGGAUAUACCCACGGCGAACAUUCAUUAUCAUCUCUUGCGAUCUGGGUCUGUCGAGACGACGGUGAAUACCUUGUUGGAACGAGGAUAUCUUGACGCUCCACCAGCAGCCUACUUUCGCGCGUUCCCGGCUACAACCACUGAACCUACGACAGCAACGGGUGGUGCAUCAAAGCCUUCUGCGAGUAAAUCAGAUUCAAAGCCUCAAUCUCUGAUUCAACGAUUCCAUCUCGAGUCAAAGCUGAAUGCGGAUCCCGACACGUCGGUCGCAAACUGGGAUGGUGCGGGUCCAAUUCCUGCUGCUGCAAAGGGCAAAGGACGCGCUAGUGUUGGUUCGAACACGGGUGCAAGCGUAUGGGAGGCAACGCCCGAAAAGCGUCAGGAAUCUUUGCAGAAACGCAAGGAGGCAAUGAUUCUCGCGGCACGAAAACGCAUGUUGGAAAAGGAAGCAGCAGAAAAGGCCGCGGCGUCGUAG